AUGAACAUCUCGUCUAUGCUAUCUAAUGAUAGUACUGCAACACCAGUCAAACAGAAACAUCCACCAGUGAUACAACAUCAACCAACUUUUAACAAUGGUCCUGUCCACGAGGUAAACAGGAACGGUACGGUGGGAGCAUAUCAGCAUAUCGUAAACCCACCUGACCAUCGCCCACAAGUUUUUCAACAGAUGGCACCGGUGCAGCCUUCGCACUCAAUAGAGAACGGCAAUGGCAAACACUUGGAUCAGACACUCCAUAAGCCAUUACCUACUUUGUCCAAAGAAGAUUCAAUAGUGCCAAGUAUACUACCACCAGCCAACAUUUUGGCGGAGUUUACUGACUUCACACCUCAAAUUGAUCAGCAAUACAAGUCAAAGUUUGAAUCCAACGUCAACAUCAUCAAUCAGUUGGACAAGUACCAAAGGUUGAGUCACGACUUGAAAAUCCUAAAAUUUGAUGAAGCCAAGUUAAACAACUAUUUGAUAAAUACCCAUCAAUUUGCGGCCAAUUAUAUUGAUCGUGUUGUUGCUGAAGAUAUCUCAUCAAGGGCCAAUAAAAUCAGCGAUACGAAUAAGAAUAAAGAGUUGGUUCUCAUAGAUUAUUCCAAACCAUUGCAUCACAAUAGCACUAGAGGCAAAGAGUAUAAAUGGGGUUCUACGAGAGAAAUUCACAAGGUUGAGCACAAAUCGAGAAGGAAGAAGCCAACAGAUGAACCACACGCAGCUAAUGGCUUUGCCAACAACAGCGGUAGCAGUGCCAAGUUUGCCGCGCCUUUAACCGGUUCUACUGGCCCUGUUCCUAUUAAACCAAAGAGUGCUGUCCCACAAGAGAUUAUAGAUAUAAAUGUAAGGCGAAGCAGUCGUCCAAAGGCCAAAAGAAAGACUUAUGAUGACGAAGGUGGAGAAUUUGAGGAGGAUUUCUAUUUAGAUGAUGAUGAAAUCGAAGAAAGGACAACACCACAGCCAGGAGGUGAUGUCAAGAGAAUGAAAGUGGAACAGGAUGGCAAACCAAAGUCUAGUCAGGUAUCUAGUAUGACUUCAAAGGAACACAAAGCUUUUAUGAGACAAUAUGAUACUACAUAUGUUGCUAUCUGGAAGGAUAUGUCAAGAAAAGAUGGACCAAAAGUCAGUAGGUUAAUGCAACAAUCAACUCAAGCUAAGCUAAUCAAUUUGAAAAAAACAUGUAUUUUAGCCGCAAGGGAGGCCAAGAGGUGGCAAUUGAGAAACACCAAGAAUCAAAAAGAUCUAACUACAAAGGCCAGAAGGGCAAUGAGAGAGAUGUUUAACUUCUGGAAACGUAACGAAAGAAUCGAAAGAGAAUUGAAAAAGAAACACGAAAAGGAAUUGGUCGAUAAGGCCAAGAAAGAAGAAGAGGAUCGUGAAGCAAAGCGUCAAUCAAGAAAGUUGAACUUCUUGAUUACCCAAACAGAGUUAUACUCGCAUUUCAUUGGCAAGAAAAUCAAAACUGACGAGAUUGAAGGUGCUGAUUCAGAUCCAAGAAUUCAAACGCAAUCAAAGGAGCAUUUGGACAAGUUUGCUGAUGUUGAUGCAGCAAAUAAUGAUAUUCUGGCAUUGGAUUUCGAUAAUGACGAUGAAGAUGCAUUGCAUAGAGCAGCAGCACAGAAUGCACAAAAUGCAUUGGUUAGUGCUCAAAAUAAAGCCAAACAAUUUGAUGAUUCAGACCCAUUCAAGAAUCCAGACACCAAUGGAGAAGAAAUGAAUUUCCAAAACCCAACUUUACUUGGUGACAUAAGCAUUGAACAGCCAAAGAUGUUAAAAUGCACAUUGAAAGAAUAUCAGAUCAAGGGUUUGAACUGGUUGGCCAAUUUAUACGAACAAGGUAUAAAUGGUAUCUUGGCUGAUGAGAUGGGUUUAGGUAAAACAGUCCAAAGUAUAUCGGUAUUGGCCUAUUUGGCGGAGACCCAUAAUAUUUGGGGUCCAUACUUGGUUGUUACACCUUCAUCCACUUUACACAACUGGCAACAAGAAAUUUCCAAAUUUGUACCCCAAUUCAAGGUUUUGCCUUACUGGGGUCAUGCUAAGGAUCGUAAGGUAUUGCGUAAGUUUUGGGAUAGGAAAUCGUUGAGAUAUGACAAGGAUGCACCAUUCCACGUCUUGGUUACAUCUUAUCAAUUGAUUGUAUCGGAUAUUGCCUACUUCCAAAAGAUGAAAUGGCAAUAUAUGAUUUUAGACGAAGCACAAGCUAUCAAAUCAUCUCAAUCUUCAAGAUGGAAAUCACUUUUGUCAUUGAGUUGUCGUAACAGGUUGUUAUUGACAGGUACUCCAAUUCAAAACUCCAUGCAAGAAUUGUGGGCUUUAUUGCACUUCAUUAUGCCUACAUUGUUUGAUUCUCAUGAUGAAUUUAGUGAUUGGUUCUCCAAAGAUAUAGAAAGUCAUGCCCAGUCAAACACCGGAUUGGAUGAACAACAGUUGAGAAGAUUACAUAUGAUUUUGAAACCUUUCAUGUUGAGACGUAUCAAAAAGAAUGUUCAAAGUGAGUUGGGUGAUAAAGUGGAAAUUGAUUUAUUCUGUGAUUUGACCAAUAGACAAAAGAAGUAUUAUCAAAUGUUGAAGUCACAGAUAUCUAUUAUGGAUUUAUUGGAUGCGGCAAACUCAAAUUCAGAAGAUUCAACAUCAUUGGUUAAUUUAGUGAUGCAAUUUAGAAAAGUUUGUAAUCAUCCUGAUUUAUUUGAAAGAGCUGAUGUGAGAUCACCAUUUUCAUUUGGUAAAUUUGCUGAAACUAGUUCAUUUUUGAGAGAAGGCAAUGAAUUGGAAUAUACUUAUUCAACUGAAAACGAGAUAAACUACGAAUUGCCUAGAUUGAUUUAUGAUGAGUUGUUGACCCCAAAUUUUGAAAAGAACACCUUGGAUUCAUUAUAUGAGAAAUUUAAUAUCUACAGCCCAGAGAACGUUAAAGAUUUGGGAUGGGUUGAUGAUAUCGACACUUCGUUAGGUGAGAUACAAACUAUUGCAAAAAAUAAUGUUGUUGAACGUGCGAUUGGCUUGCGUAAAUACACUAACGGAUCACGACUUGAUGGAACCAAAUACCUUUAUGAAGGAGAAUUCACCCCAUCACAUUCCAAAUUGUUAAUUGCAAACAAUUUAAAUUCCGACUCGUCUCAAGUUACCAAUUCACCCAUCUUUACUGAACUUUGUUCGGUUUCCAAACCUGUUUACGAUGAAAUGUACUUGAACCGAUUAGAUCCAGCAUAUACACCAAUAGCAUCAGCUCCACCUGUCACAAUCACUUGUCCAUCAAUCAACUUCACAAAUCAAUAUCAACAAGAAUUAUUCAAUCCAAAAUUACGAUCUUCAUUAGCACCAAUGUCAUUAAAUGAAGAAUAUCGAUACAUGCAAGAUCAAAUACCUAUCGAUGCAUACCCACCAACCAACAUGUUACCUAAUACAAUCAACAAAUUCAUCGACUAUUCUAAUAUUCGUAUGCCAUCAAUGGAUAGAUUCAUCACUGAAUCUGGUAAAUUGGCCAAAUUGGAUGAAUUGUUAGUCAAUUUGAAACAGCAUGAUCAUCGUGUACUUAUCUAUUUCCAAAUGACGAAAAUGAUGGACUUGAUGGAGGAAUAUCUCACAUAUCGUCAACACAAGUAUAUUCGACUUGAUGGAUCAUCGAAAUUAGAUGAUCGUAGGGAUUUGGUUCAUGAUUGGCAAACCAAACCGGAAAUUUUUGUAUUCUUACUAAGUACAAGAGCCGGUGGAUUAGGUAUCAAUUUAACUGCUGCUGAUACUGUUAUUUUCUAUGAUUCCGAUUGGAAUCCAACUAUUGAUUCACAAGCUAUGGAUCGUGCUCAUAGAUUAGGUCAAACGCGUCAAGUUACCGUGUACCGAUUAUUAACAAGGAACACUAUUGAAGAGAGAAUGAGAGAUCGUGCUAAACAAAAGGAACAAGUGCAACAGGUUGUUAUGGAAGGUAAGACUACUAGUGGUGGUGGAAAGGAAGAAACCAAGAAUUCAAAGAAGGAUGCAGCUUUCUUAUUGCUUGGUGAUGAUAAUGAAGGGUCAGGUGAUUGA